GAGGAGACGCAGGACGCACGAGAAGGAGACACGAGGAGGAGACGCGAGGAGGAGACGCGAGGAGGAGACGCAGGACGCACAAGGAGGAGACACGAGGAGGAGACGCAGGACGCACGAAAAGGAGACACGAGGAGGAGACGCGAGGAGGAGACACGAGGAGGAGACGCAGGACGCACGAAAAGGAGACACGAGGAGGAGACGCGAGGAGGAGACGCGAGGAGGAGACGCAGGACGCACAAGGAGGAGACACGAGGAGGAGACGCAGGACGCACGAGAAGGAGACACGAGGAGGAGACGCGAGGAGGAGACGCGAGGAGGAGACACGAGGAGGAGACGCGAGGAGGAGACGCGAGGAGGAGACACGAGGAGGAGACGCGAGGAGGAGACGCAGUGAGCUUUACCUUUGAUGUUGUUAAACUAGAAUCUGAUUGGUCGUCUCUGUCUGCAGACGUCAUGGUGACCGGGUCGCUCUCCCUGACCAACAGCACCGGUCCGAUGGCGUGCCGGCCUCCGUACGACGAGGGCCGCCUGCCGCUCGUGCUGCUGUACAGCGCGGUGCUGAUGGUCGGACUGCCGGCUAACCUGCUGACCGUCUAUCUCACCUGGCUGCAGGUGAGCAGGAAGAACGUGCUGGGCGUGUACCUGUGGAGCCUGUCGCUGUGCGACCUCACCUACCUGUGCACGCUGCCGCUGUGGACGCGCUACGUCAGCGCAGGUCACUCGUGGCCCUGGAGCUCGGCGGCCUGCAAGCUGACGGGCUACAUCUUCUUCAACAACAUGUACAUCAGCAUCUUCCUGCUCUGCUGCAUCUCCUGCGACCGCUACGUCGCCGUGGUCUAUAGCGUGGAGUCCCGCGGCCUCCGCCGCCAACGCCUCGCCACCCUCAUCGCCGUCGCUAUCGUGCUGCUGGUUGCCGUUGGCCACGUCCCUGUCUUCACCAUGAGGGAGGGCGAUGCCGCGGAGGGCGACCGCCGCUGCUUCGAGCCAAGUCAGAGCGGCGCUACGGUGACGGGCUUCAACUACGCCCGCUUCGCGGUGGGCUUCCUGGUCCCGCUGCUGGUGCUGCUGGGGACCAACUGCGGCAUCAUGGUCAACGUGCGGCGCAGCACUGGGCUGCGGCGGGAACAGAAGGUGCGCGUCUGCUGGCUGGCGGUGGCGGUGGUGCUGCUCUUCCUGGUCUGCUUCGCCCCAUACCACGUCAUCCUGCUGGUCCGGGCCGUCAUGUUCCACUUCCCCCAGCUGGAGGACGGCACGUGUCUGUUCGAGAGGACCAUGUACACGCCGUACACCAUCUCGCUCGGCCUGUCCACCGUCAACAGCGCCAUCAACCCCAUCCUCUACGUCCUGUCCAGCGACAACAUCCGCAAAGAGCUGAGCCGAGGCCUGCUGCGGGUCUGGGACCGAGCUCACCUGAGACCACGAUCCGACAGCAGCCGGAACAAGAUCCGGCCCACCAAGAACUCCUCGGAGCUGAAUGUAGUGACCGAGACCGAGAGACAGCAGGGGGGGAAACCACCGGGGAAUUGACAGGCCGAUCUCCACUGGUCUCUGCUGGACUCUGCCGGUCUCUGCUGGACCCUGCUGGUCUCUGCUGGACUCUGCCGGUCUCUGUUGAACUCUGCUGGUCUCUGCUGAAGUCUGCUGGACUCGGCUGGACUCGGCUGGACUCUGCUGGACCCUGCUGGUCUGUGCUGGACUCUGUUGAACUCUGCUGGUCUCUGCUGAAGUCUGCUGGACUCGGCUGGACUCGGCUGGACUCUGCUGGACCCUGCUGGUCUGUGCUGGACUCUGUUGGUCUCUGCUGGACUCUGCUGGAGUCUGCUGGACUCUGCUGGACUCUGCUGGACUCGGCUGGACUCUGCUGGACUCUGCUGGUUUGUCCUUUGAGAUCAGGACAGUUAUUGAUCAUCGUGCGUGUGUGUGUGUGUGUGUGUGUGUGUGUGUGUGUGUGUGUGUGUGUGUGUGUGUGUGUGUGUGUGUGUGUGUGUGUGUGUGUGUGUGUGUGUGUGUGUGUGUGAAAUCUUUAAAGCAGCUCUUAGACUCUUAAUGUGCAAACAGGAAGUGGUUCAGUGAAGCAGAAACAGGAAGUUGAAGAAACGUCUCAAAGUGUUGAGUGUGUCUUUAUUUCAGAUGAAGUGAGUAAAGACCGUCGUGGUUCUGGGUUUUUAAUCUGUUGUCCUCCCGGGUCCAAGUGACUGUUUCUAAAGCAUUCAAAUUAUUAAUUAUAAAAACCUGAAAUAUAAUAUAUAAAUAUCCAUGAAUCACCCCGGGGGGUUGCAGGUUCCUAAAGGACUGCGAGGAUAAAAAUUCAUAAAACUAACAGACGGAGUAAAAGCAAAAUAAAACAUGAAUGUUUCCUUAAUGAAUAAAUAUAUGUAUAUAAACUCAAGAAUAGGUCAAUUAAAAUUGGAAAUAUAUAUAUAUAUAUAUAUAUAUAUAAAAAGGAGGGAGAACAAAUACAACAUGAAUAAACAUAUAACAUUUUUAAAAAAGAAGGGAAUAAAAUAUACAACAAAGAAGAUGAAAGGAAACAUCAGGUUAAGAAUAAGUGCUAUAAAAGUGACAUUUUGCUCCCUAGGUCCACACCUGUAAGCCGUUGGAGGAAGGGGGGGGGGGGGGGGGAUGACUCCUAAAAGGGGCUAAAAGGGGCUAAAAGGGGCCUCGUCCGGAAAUAAACAGGGGACCUUAAAAAUGGGAAUUAAUAAACAUUAGAUCAAAUAAAUUAACUAAAAAAACAUACUGGAUAAAUUAACAAUAAAGGUUUGGGUUCGGGUUCGGGUUCGGGUUAGUAAUAUAGUAGUAGGGUUAGUUAGUAAUAUAGUAGUAGGGUUAGUUAGUAAUAUAGUAGUAGGGUUAGUUAGUAAUAUAGGAGUAGGGUUAGUAAUA